CUGUGGACUCUGUCCUAAACAGCCGGAGCUAUUGAACAUCAUCUCUCUUGCUCUCUCCGCCGCCACUUCGGUCCAUGCACACAACUCCAAUCAGUCUUUCAAAGUUUUCUGUCAAACAAUCUCGCAAAAAAAAUGUUUCAUCCCCUGAUUCACAUGUUCGUGGCUGUCAGAUAACACUCGUCGAAGCAGAAAGAAUUGGAAAAUACGUUGAGGAUGCCUGAAAGUGUGAGAAUUAAAUUCAAUCUGUGAUGUUGAUCUGUGAGGUAAUUAAGGAGACAGGAAAGUUCAAAUCACAUCUCCAGGUUCAAGAGCCCCACUAGGAGCUUCAGCCCAUACAAUGGCUUGCCUAUGGUUGAAUCCAGAGAACAUGCAGAUUAAAAUUCCAUCUAUCGAGACAAUAGACGGGAUUACCUUCUACGUAAUUGAGGUUAGAAUAGACGAGGUUGUUUGGACACUGAAGCACAGAUACAAUGAAUUCGCUGAGCUCCAUGAUACCCUGGUAUCGGAGCAUUGCGUGGAGAAGGAGAGUCUUCCACCCAAGAAACUCAUUGGCAACAAGAGUGAGGCUUUCAUUGAAAAGAGGCGACAAGGACUCGAGAUUUAUCUGAAUUCUGUUUACAAUUAUUUGAAGAAGACUAUGCCGAGGGAUUUGGCUAUGUUCUUGGAUCUACAUGUUUAUGACAUUUUCUUCCUGCUCCAAAAUAUGUCUCUGCAAUUUUUUACUGAGGGGGAAGCUUUAUUGCUGGGGAACAAGGGCUAUACGUUCACUCCUGUUCAACUCUACGCAAUAAGCGAGCGAUUAAAGCAGCCCUGUCCCCCCCUCGAGGUGGCAGACCGUAAAUUCGACUUCAGUCACGUACUAGAUCUGAACUCCCACCUGAAGGCCCUUACGAUUGAAGGCAGCACCGAGCCCUAUGGUACCAGCAACAUAAAUCCAUCUCUCCUCCCAAUCGAGCUCUCGACGUUCAAAAUCAUCGAGCACCUCGUAAUAAAUCGUUACCCAGUAGACAAAAUCUACGGCAUGGGAAACCUUCGAGACACAGUCAAGAUCCUGGAGGUGCAUCACACGAAGUUGAGGAACAUCGUAGAGUUGGUGAUGUGCGAGGAGGUCCACAAGAGGAUCGAAAACGCCAAUGAUUCCCACGUGUGGCUGAAGGUGACACACGUGGACCUCAGCGAUAACCAGGUAGAAAGCAUCGAUGAGGCGAUAAAGCUGAUGCCACAUAUCGAGUCAUUGACUCUGAAUAAUAAUCGCCUCUCUGAGAUUUCUAACGUGACUCUGCUGCCCAGACUCUCGCAGCUGCACCUGGCAUCCAAUAAUUUCAUCAAUUUGCCUGAGAAGUUGCACACAAAGUUGGGGAAUAUUGUGCACAUGGACAUCUCCCAGAAUCAGCUGACUUCGUUAGCGAGUUUCUCGAAGCUUUAUUCCCUAGAGUGGCUGGACGUGAGUUGUAAUAGAAUUGAAAAUAUUGAGGAGGUCAAGCACGUGGGAUCCCUCCCCUGUCUGGAGAAUCUAAGAUUAACUGGUAAUCCAGUCUCCACAAUAGUGGAUUACAGGGUCAAGGUACUGGAGCCUUUUGGCAAACGAGCUGCUGACAUUUGUCUCGAUAAUGAAAAACCAAAUCAAAAGGAACUAGACACUGUUGCUGUUCUCCAAGCUUUGAGGAUCGCUAAAGAGGGGAAAUCACCGAUUUUUAGUGCACCUGAUUCCUCCCUUUUUGCUGCCGAAAUACCGAGCACUUAGGGUCUAUCAACCAAAUACAUUAUCAGUAAUUCUCAUUGAUGAUUCAUACAUUUUUAUUCAAUGAUGAUUUUUUAUUAUUAUCCAGUGUUCUCUUUUAAUGGAACUGAAAAUGAUUUUUAACAAGUCUGCAUUAUUAAGGGGAGACUACUGAGUUUUAAAAGUUUCGGGCUAUUGGAGAGAGAUUUCUCAUGCAUUGAAGAUCGAUGAUAUAUGUCUACAAACGAAUAAUUAGUACAAAAAAAUUAAUUUUUUA